UUCAGAAAUCUAAAGAUAAAUCUGAAAGCUGAAUUAAGGGAUCCAAGGUCUCUGCAUCUUCUGCAAAUUCCCUCAUUUAUCUGUUGCGAUCACCUCUGCAUCAGCAGCCAUGGUUCUGGAGGACAGCGAAUGCGACUCUGUCUUUGAGCCCCAUAUCACUGAAGAGCAUGUGGAGACUCAGUAUGGAAAGGUCCACUGCAUUAUGACAGGGACUCCGAGGGCAAACCGGCCUGCCAUCCUGACCUUUCAUGAUGUUGGACUGAACCAUAAGUCCUGUUUUGAGCCACUGUUCAAGCAUGAGGACAUGCAGGAAAUCAUCAGACGUUUACCUAUUUGUCAUGUUGAGGCUCCAGGACAACAUGAGGGAGCCAAAACUCUGCCUACUGCGUAUUCCUAUCCCACCAUGGACCAGCUGUCUGAAGCGCUGCCAAGUGUCCUCAAACAUUUCGGACUGAACAGUGUGAUUGGCCUGGGAGUCGGAGCUGGAGCUUACAUCCUUGCUAGAUUUGCACUGAAUCACCCUGACUUGGUGGAUGGACUGGUUCUAAUCAACAUCAACCCAAAUGCAGAUGGCUUGAUGGACACUGUUGCAAACAAGAUCACUGAAUGGACACAUACUCUGCCAGACACCAUUAUCACACAAUUGUUUGGGAAGGAAGAGAUCCAGAACAACCAUGACCUGAUAGCUACCUACCGUCACCACAUCACCACAACAAUGAACCAGUCCAAUGUCAGUCAGUUCUUCCGCUCCUACAAACAACGUACCGCUUUGGAGGUGGAAAGGCCAAUUCCUGGAGGAAAUGUCAAUGUCAGGACUCUCAAGUGCUCCACUCUGCUGGUCGCAGGCGAUAAUUCCCCAGCAGUGGAAGCUGUGGUCGACUGCAACGCUAAACUCAACCCCACCAAGACCACACUGCUCAAGAUGGCAGACUGUGGAGGACUUCCUCAAGUGGAUCAGCCAGCAAAACUGACUGAGGCCUUCAAAUAUUUCAUCCAGGGCAUGGGAUACUUGUCCAGCGCCAGUAUGACCAGACUUCGCUCCAGGACCACCUCCAGCUCCAGCCUCAUGUCUUUUGAUGGCCCCCGGAGCCGUGCACACACCAACGAGCUGCAGCAUGGCAGAACACAAUCCGUCGGCACCGAGGAGAAGCGCGGACGCUCGCACACCGACAUCUCCAUGGACAGCAUCUCUAAUGUGAACCAGAACAUGUCAAAGUCCACCGAGGUGGCAUGCUAGGCCUCACAUGGCUCGGAUUCCCAUGCACUUAAUUCAAACUAUACCUCACUAUAUUUACUCAACUGUAUCCUACUUUCUUUCUUUACUCCACUCUUUUGUAUUUAUUCAGUAAUGCCCUUUUGUUUG